GGUUCGCGUAGCUGCGGGAGAGGGAACCUUGGGUGAAAGGGUUCGGAGAGGGAAGAGGGGUUGAGCAGCUGUGACCUCUGGAGAACCCCCCCCCAGACCGGUCCUGGGAGGGCUGUGGGGAGGAGCUCCGUGCUCCUACCCAGCUAAGCUGGUGGAGGCUCGUCCUCGCCUUUUCCUGCCCUCCCCGGCGGUUUCUCAGAUAAACUGCUUCUUUCGCGUUCCAGAGCAGAUUUUCUGUGCUCUGCCUGAGACGGGCCCUUAGUCCGUCGGACCCGGACUGCUUUCUCUUUUUUCCUUGCUCUUAACAGUAAGUCCGAACUCGGGGCUAAUUGAUGAGAACAUGUCUGAGGGGUUUGGGGACCUGCGGUGGGAAACCGAGCCUCUUUAGAAGUCCCGGGUAGCUAUUGAGCCAAGAGAGGGAAUAGUUCUGUUGGGCUUUGUUCAGAUUAGAAAGCACAUACACAAUAAGGAUCUGCUCGAGUUUGGAAACACAUUUCUAGGUUAUUUAUAAAUAGUUUCUCGAGAGGAAGGCGAUCUGGUGGGUGACGUCCUUGGAAAUCUAUGGUAUAUAAAGGAAGAGUUGAAAGAACUGUGAAGGAAGGAGUCAAGAGGCAAAGCAAUUGUUUUCAGGGAUUGGGGAGCUGCUAUGCAGAAAGUACUGUACAGUAGGAUUCCGUGCCUCAAGAAUUAACCAAAUUUGCCUGCCUGCGAGUUUUCAGGUACACAAUGUGUGUGUUAAAAGCAUUCUAGCAAUAGUUGAUAUUUGAGUACCUGCAAAAUACCAGGUGUAUUGUAGAUGUUUGGAAUAUAGCAGUGAAGAAAACGGAUGAAAGUCUCUGCCCUCGGGAGUUGGUAUUCAAGAAGGAAACAGGCGGUUUUAAAAAAAAAAAAAGGUAAAAUAUAUAGUAUAUGUAUGGAGGUAAGUGAUGUGGAAGAGAGUAAAUUAGCAUAAGGAGUUCUGGGGUGAGCAAGAGUUGUGUGCAGUUUAAAAUAUGGGGUCAGGGAUGCCUUGGCGAGAACAUAGUACAGACCUGAAGGAGCCAGCCAUAUAUAAUCUGGAGGAAGCAUUCGGCAGAGGGAACGCCAUGCUCUGAGGGGGGAAGCUUGCCUCACAUGUUCAAGGGACCAUGUGGUUGGGGUCAAUGAACAAGAGAGAAGUAGAAGAUGAAGUCAGACAGGCAACAGAGCUGAGACCUCAUGAGGCCUUGCCGGCCAUUGUGAUGACCUUGCCCUUUACUCUAGGAGACACUGCCUCGAAAGGCGUGAGCAGAAGAAUGGUAUGACCUGACUUGUAUGUUAACAGGGUUGCUCUGGCUGCUUGUUGGCACUAGACCCAGGGGCAGGGGUGGAAGCACUUAGGAGGCUCUUGCAAUACUCCAGGCAAGUAGGGGAGGGGCUGGGAUGCAGUACUGGAGGUAGUGUGAAUUGGUUGAACAUUGGAUCUUUUGGACGUAGAGCUCACAGGAUUCGCUUAUGAAUUAUAUGUAGAAUGAGAAGGAGUCUGGGAUAACCAGGUUUUUUGUUCCAAGAAAACAGAAUGAUGGAGUCGCCAUUAACCGUCAAGUAGGUAGUUGGUCACAUGAGUCUACAGUUCAAAAGAGAGCUCUGGGCUGGAGAUUAAUUGGUGGUUGGGAGUACGUGGAUGGUAAUUAGAGCCAUGUGACUGGAUGAAAUCUCUGGGGAGAAUGAAUGCAGCAGGGAUGAAGUGGUCCAAGCGCCUAUCCCUCCACUCAUUUGAGGUCUUGCAAAGACACGGAUUUGAGUUGUGGGCAGCAUCCAAGGGAAACUUUUUCUUCUUAAGAAUUUUUUUUUUGUUUUUAACAUAAUCUCCACAUACAAUGUGGGUCUCAAGCUCACAACCCCGAGGUCAAGAGUUGCAUGCUCUACCAGCAGAGCCAACGAGGCACUCCACCUUUUUUUUCUUUAAAUGUACUAUGUACAUGCUUUGCAGAGGUAGUUAUGUGAUCUGUGAGAUUGGAUAUGCCAUUCUGGGAACAGAUCCACAUGAAUCUGAUACAGGUCACUUCCUGUUGAAUGCCACCUGUGCUAAGUAAUUCCUCCCUUGUGCCUUGCUGAGUUUCCCAGGCUUGAUCCCAGAAGCUGAGCAACCCAAACAGAUUCCAGUGUCUUUCCUAUUCUAGGUAUGCACUUCUGUGAGUGGAGUGUGAAAUUUUGUAACCAGUUACGAGAAGGUAUUUCAGCACUGCAGAGAUCUACUUUUAAGCAUUUCAAAUGAAUGCUCCCAGCACUAUUCCAUCUGUUAUUUUAAGGUCAUUUUAGCCUUUGUGCUAGUGCCUUUAUUUAGGAAACUAGAUGGUGUGCUUCUCUCCUGGCUGUUUUCAAGUUAUUCUGAACUUGGGAGCUCCAGAAGUGUAUUGGAUGUGCAGAGCAGUGUGAGGGAGUACGUGCUGCUGAUUUGGGUCCACCCUGUCAAGACACCUGUUGAUAUCUCUCCUAGGAUGCUUCAGAUUUGGGGUACAGUGGAGAGGAAUCCCAAGUACCGGCAUCCCUAGAAGUCUCAACUAAUUAGUAGCUGAUAAUUAUUGAAAUUUUCAUAAAAAGUUAUUUAUUGAGGUUCUAGUCGUAGGAUCCCAUUUUAUAUUUUUUAGAAUUACUAGAAUUAAAAAUAAAUAAAAAAUAAAAUUAUCAGAAUUGGUCACAAAAAUCAGUGGAGAGCAGUCAUAGAAAAUGUAUGUUUUUAAUGUGUGUUUAUUAAAUGUGUGAAAGUAAAUACUUAAGUAACAUACUAGGGACACCUGGCUGACUUAGCUGGAGCGUGCAACUUGAUCUCAGGGUUAUGAGUUCGAGCCCCACGUUGGGGGUAGGGAUUAGUAAAAUAAAAAACUUAAAAAAACAAAAGCUGUUGACAUAGAUGUGCAUUUGUUGGGGGCGUUCUGCAUGGUCUGUGAUUGCUUUUUUGUUUGUUUGUUUGUUUGUUUGUUUGGAAGUCCAUGAAGUUGUUGGAUUAGUAGUAAAACCAAUUUGGUUUGUCCUUAAAGAUUUUCUGAUAUAAAAGUAAUAAUACCCAUUGUAGAAAAUUUAGAAAAUGAAAAAAAGAAUUUAAAAAUUGAAUUCAUCUAUAACCCAGCAAUAUCACUGUUUGUGUUUUAUCCUUUUUCCUUUGUUGUGAUUAUGGGGAUGUAUGUGAGACUUGCCACUUAGAGUGACAUCAGGCCAGAGGUGGAUGUGCAUGUCAGCCAUCAGCAUACUCAAGUUUUUAUUUUCGUUUUUAUUUUUUUCAUACCGAAGUUUUCAAAUGCCUUAGAUUUAGGUUAUCUUUGACGCCUCUAUUUUCUCAUCUUCUGCAAGCUAUUUGUACAUCCUUUUUAUGGUCUCUAUCCUUGUUACCAUUAUCAUUUCAUGUAACAAAAACCUGUGUAGAUUUUUAUCCGUUUGGCUCUUCACUGAGACUGCUGGAGUUGUCCUGCUCUCAGUUGUCCAAACCCAGAAUGGGACGUCUACAUGACCUGACAGAUGCUGCCUAAAGUUUGGAAACAUGCUUAGGAAAGCCAGUCACAAGCAUGUAAGAUUAAUUCAUGCAGGUUUCUUUCAGAGUAUACUUCAUGAAUGCCACUAAUUGUAUAGUCUGAUUCUGUUGUCUGUUUACUCCUAUACUUUCCAUCUCCCCCACAGACUUGAAAGCCCUGUGGGGGUGAGAGCACAUCUGUCUUACUCAUCACUGCAGUCCCAGCUCAAAGCCCGUGGAAGGUAUUCAAGUCAAUGCUGAGUGAAGGGACUUCAUUUUUUGGGCAAGUGAGGGAAAAAGAAGUUUAACGUGUAGCCCUAAAGAUCCAGAAACCCAAAGGAACCACUAUUCCUGCUCCACACAGUCCCAUCCGUAGUGAGGCUGUUUCUGCAAUCUGUGUGAUGACCAAGGUUUUAGGCAUGGCUGCAGUUCGGGUUCCUCGGCCUCCACGGGAGAGGGGGCCUGUGGUGGUUAAAGAUGAGGAAGAGGAAGGGAAGUGCCUUCCUAGCCUGGAGGUGUUCCGCCAGCGCUUCCGGCAGUUUGGGUACCAUGACACACCUGGCCCCCGGGAGGCCCUGAGCCAGCUCCGGGUGCUCUGCUGUGAGUGGCUGAGGCCCGAGAUCCACACCAAGGAGCAGAUCCUGGAGCUGCUGGUGCUGGAGCAGUUCCUGAGCAUCCUGCCCCAGGAGCUCCAGGCCUGGGUGCAGGAGCACUGCCCGGAGAGCGCUGAAGAGGCCGUCACUCUCCUAGAAGAUCUGGAGCGAGAACUGGACGAGCCAGGGCAGCAGGCCUCACCGCCUCCAAAUGAGCAGAAACAGAUGUGGGAGAAGAGGUCCUCUUCAGGAACGGCUAAGUUUCCAAGCAGUGUGCAGCCCCAGUCUGUGGAGACCAGUCACAGAUGCGAAGCUUGGGAGCCCUUGUACAUUCAGGAGACUGGGGAAGAGCAGGAUUUCACUCCAGAGCUGAAACAGAGUCAAGAUCAUAAAUCGAACACCCAGAAUGAGGAAUCAACAGAGAAGCAGAAAAGUUCUGAAGAAUCUCAAGAAUUCAAAAGGGAUAUUAUUCCUGUGAUUAUUGCCAGUAAAUGUGAGUCCAGGUUAGAAAGGCAGUGGGUAAACCUUGAAAAGGAAAGAGGAACAAAAACUCCUCUCCUAGACAAAGGUUCUAAGAAAGGCAGAGAAUUGGUUCCCACUAAACCUACCCCAGGAGAGAGGCGUUACAUUUGUGCCGAGUGUGGAAAGGCCUUUAGUAAUAGCUCAAAUCUUACUAAACACCGGAGAACACACACUGGGGAGAAACCAUAUGUGUGCACCAAAUGUGGGAAAGCUUUCAGCCACAGUUCAAACCUCACCCUUCAUUACAGAACACACUUGGUGGACCGGCCCUAUGACUGUAAGUGUGGGAAAGCCUUUGGUCAGAGCUCAGACCUCCUUAAACAUCAGCGAAUGCACACUGAAGAGGCACCAUAUCAGUGUAAAGAUUGUGGGAAAGCUUUCAGUGGUAAAGGCAGCCUCAUUCGACACUACCGGAUACACACUGGGGAGAAACCUUACCAGUGUAACGAGUGCGGGAAGAGCUUUAGUCAGCACGCGGGUCUUAGUUCACACCAGAGACUCCACACUGGAGAGAAGCCAUAUAAAUGUAAGGAGUGUGGGAAAGCCUUCAACCACAGCUCAAAUUUUAAUAAACAUCAUAGAAUCCAUACUGGGGAGAAGCCCUAUUGGUGUAAUCAUUGUGGAAAAACCUUCUGUAGUAAGUCCAAUCUUUCCAAACAUCAGAGGGUCCACACUGGAGAGGGAGAAUAUAAUGAUUUUGGGAACAGCUUCACUGUGAGUCCUAACCUCAUUUCGCAUCAGAGACUUCCUGUGGGAGACAGACCCCAUAAGUGUGAUGAAUGUAGCAAGAGCUUUAAUAGAACUUCAGACCUUAUUCAACAUCAGAGAAUCCACACGGGGGAGAAACCCUACGAAUGUAGUGAGUGUGGGAAGGCCUUCAGCCAGAGCUCACACCUUAUUCAGCAUCAGAGGAUCCACACCGGAGAGAAACCUUACGAAUGUAAUGAUUGUGGGAAGACCUUUAGUUGUAGCUCUGCCCUCAUUCUGCAUCGGAGGAUCCAUACCGGGGAGAAGCCCUAUGAAUGUAACGAAUGUGGGAAAACCUUUAGCUGGAGCUCUACCCUCACUCAUCAUCAGAGAAUCCACACUGGAGAGAAACCGUAUGCUUGUAAUGAAUGCGGGAAGGCUUUUAGUAGGAGCUCCACCCUCAUCCAUCACCAGAGAAUCCACACUGGAGAGAAGCCCUAUGAAUGUAACGAGUGUGGGAAGGCCUUCAGCCAGAGCUCACACCUCUAUCAGCACCAGAGAAUCCACACUGGAGAGAAGCCCUAUGAAUGUAUGGAAUGUGGAGGAAAGUUUACCUAUAGUUCAGGCCUUAUUCAGCAUCAAAGAAUCCACACAGGGGAGAAUCCCUAUGAAUGUAGUGAGUGUGGGAAAGCCUUUAGGUAUAGCUCAGCCCUUGUUCGCCAUCAGAGAAUUCACACUGGAGAGAAGCCUUUGAAUGUGAUGGGAAUGAGCAAAAGUUCUCUCAGAGUUACUGCUGAAUUAAAUAUCCAAGAGUCUACAUGAAAGACAGCCACACACCUGUUUUCCUCACUUCCUCUGAGUCUAAAGAGCUCCUGCCUUACUAUAUGAGUAUGAAUAACUUAGAAUGUAUCCCUUCCGACUCAACCCUUUCACUUUAGAGAAUGGGGCAAAUUGGGCAAAUCAUCCUGGCACAGUGAUGAAGCUACCUAGUCUGUUUCCCCAAGAAUGACACCAGGUGGCGAGCGGCAGGUUAAGUGCUGUGAAUAAGAGGGAGGCUCUGGGACUUAUCACCUUCCAUUCUGGAAGGGAGUUUGCACUAGACCAUUUCUUUCACACCAGAGGAGCCUUUCUUUCCAAGGUGGGGAAUGGAAGCACAGUAGGAAUAAAAUUCCAAGGAUUCCUGUAGUCGGAGUCAGUAUAGUCAGCACAGAAGGCAGUGGAAAGAAUGUUCUGAGUCCUAUUUGAUAAGAAGGGGAAAUGGAGGCUGUAUUUCAAAGCCACUGUUCCUAAUCCAGCUUUAAGUUUUGAUAAGGAAUGUGCUAUUUUUUUGUUGUCUCAUGACUUCAUUAAUUAUGGAAAAACUUGGUGCUGAGGGAUGUGUUAUUUUAUUGGGGGGGGGGAACCCCAAGAGGUUUUCUGUGAUAACUAUUUUGCAGGGCUCUUGGAGUAGCAAGCCCAGGUUUCCAAGAGCAGCAAGGCAGGCAGUUUUGUUGGAGAACUCCUUGUACUUCCCUCCUGUGAUAGAUAUGGCUGCGAAAUCCAUCCGAAUACCAGUAAGUCUAACGGAGAGGAGCAGAAGCGUUUGGCAUUGGCCUGGUUUCCCUCCUGCUCUCUCCCUGUUCUCUCCCCACUCCUGUGUUGGAAAGUGAUUUAAUCCAAACCCCCAGUUACUAGGAAUGCUUUUAUGGAGCUCACUCAGCCAGCUUGCCCUGCCCUCUGUCCCCUGUGACCUAUGACACCUGGCCCCAGCAGCCGGAUCCCUCCUGACCCCACUUCUGACUUCAGCAGCCAAGUAUGAAUGCAAAGAAAAAGCAAAGCCCAGAGAAGGGAGUCUCUGGCCUGACUGGGCCGCGUUGCUGGGUUAGGAUGGAGCUCCCGAGUUUCCCAGCUGAAGGGAUGAUCUUUGGUUCUGUCUUCCCAAUCCUGCUCAUCCUGUAGCAUAAAUGAAGUGCACUAUUAAACAGAAUAGUUUCUUAGAAGGAGAGAGUGAGUGUGUUUUUGUGCAGGAGCACAAAUUUAUUUCAGUUAAAAUAGGAAACGGUGACUAGAACUGGAAUCUUUAAAGGUGAAUCUUUAAAAUUUUUUACAGACAACUAUUUUUCUUUCAGUCACAAACACAUGACCUCUUUCUCUCAAGACUCCAGGUACUGCCACAGACUCCCAUUUACACAGCUGCUCCCAUCUCAUACCCACACGUCGGAUUUUGUGUGCCGUGUGCUCUUGACUUAAGACCAGCAACCAAAACUAGAAAGGUGUUACCGGGUGUGGGGCCCCUGACAAGUGUGUACAUUGUUGGGUAGCAAUGGGCAUAUGUAGACUUCUUGUUUGGGCGCUUGGUGGGAGGGUGUUCCGGUCACGAGAAGGAAGGUUGAGAUGAAAGUCUUAUGCAAAAGAUGAGGAAGUGUCUGGAACUGGCCUCUAAAAAACUUGGGAGCAUAUAUUGUGAACACCUGAUAUGUUUUUAAUUUCUUAAAGCUAUAAUGAAACUCA